CUUAUUAAACUAAAAAGAAACUUUGAUAAAUCACAAAUUGAAUCUCAUGUAUCUAAUAGCAAAUGUAUUAAGAACAAAGGACUUCAAGACUUAAGAAAAUUUUUUUGUCCUCAAGAUCCUCAAGAUAAACCACUACAUAAAUGGUACCUAUGUUCUUUCUUAUAUGAAGAAAAGCAUUUUAAAUAUAUCAAACGAGCUGGUGGUUUUACGAUUUUUGGUAAAGCUCUGCCUGUUAAAAAAGUAGCACAAGAACUUUUUCUAUGCAAGUUUACAGAAAAGACUAACUUUUCUUAUUCUAAGCUUAAUUCUAAUCAAUCAAAAAGACUUAAUAAUAAAUUAUCAGCAAGAUCUAAAUGA